AUGGCAUCAAAUUUAUCUAGAAGAUUAGCACAAAACUUGAAAUCAGACAAUCCAUUUCGAGAGCUAUCGAUGUUCUUCAACAAAGAUGGACCAAUAUGGUUAACAAUUAGAUCACUUGUUAAAAGUCUUGAAGAUCAAAAAGUCAAUUAUGCAGUUAUUGGUGGUUUAGCCGUGUAUGCACAUGGUUACGAACGAACAACUCAUGAUUGUGAUAUUUUGUUAUCUAGAGCUGAUUAUGAAAAAUUUAUGGCAAAACUUGUGAAUUUUGGUCUCAAACCGAAAUUCGAGGGUAGAAAAAAAAAGUUUGUUUUUACAAGUACAGGUGUAUCUGUUGAUGUUGCUAUAGAAGGAGAAUAUCCAGGUGGUGGUUCAAUUGGACCAAUUUCGUUUCCGAAUCCAAAAGUUUGUCAACAAAAUAUUGAUGAUAUGAAGGUUAUUUCAUUACCAAAACUAAUCGAUUUAAAAUUAGCAUCGCACCAAUAUCGGCCAGUUGAUCGCGCAAAAGAUUUUAGCGAUGUUGUUGAAUUAAUCAAAAUUUUGAAAUUAAAUCAAUUAUUUUCAAAUUUAUUAGAUCCCGCGGUUCGAAAUAAAUUUGAACAAAUACUUCUUGGUCUUGAAGAAGAAAAGCAAAGAAUGAGUGAUAACGAUGAAUAA